AUGAGAAGAUUUAUUGUUAAAGCGCUGGAGUGUGCACCAGAAAAAAAACGUCUUUGGAUAUUCUUCGAUGAAUUCAAUACGACAUCUAGUAUUGAAUUGCUCAAAGAGAUAACUUGUGAACGUACACUUCUAGGCGGUUCAUUGCCAGAUAAUAUGGUGUUUCUUGGUGCAUGCAAUCCGCGUCGACAUAAGAGCAAUGAGAAAUGGCUGUCAUUUGAAAAUAAUAUUGGCAUAAAAAAAGAUCGAUAUGAAAUGAUGAAAAAAUUGUCCGAUGGCCCAUCUCUACUGUAUACAGUGGUGCCUAUUCCAGAGACGAUGCUGGAAUAUAUAUGGGAUUAUGGAUAUCUCGGUCAAGAUACAGAACGAGCAUACAUCAAAACAAUGCUUAAAACAUGCCCUACAUUAGAAAUACACGAGCAAUUAUUUAAUGCAUUUAUUCAACUCGUGUCUCGAUCUCAACAAUUCAUUCGAAAAAUUGAAGAUGUUAGCAGUGUUAGUUUAAGAGAUGUCGCUCGAUUCUGUCGUUUAUACAAUUGGUUUCAUGAGUCGAUAACUGUGCGUUCUAUUAAACAGUCUCUUCUACCCCACAUAAUUGCUCGACGGGCUGCUUUCUCAGCUCUCUUCUUAUGCUAUUAUUUUCGACUACCGGCCGUUAAACUUAAAUAUGAAUAUGUUGAUAUGCUUGAGCAAGGUUUAUCAGAGUUUUUUUCUAUGAUACUGGUAGAAAAACACUUUCUUAUCAAACAGCUUGAAACGGAAGAAAAUGCGUUGAUAGACGAGAUGGAACUACCGAAAGGUACAGCCAAAAAUCGAGCUCUACGCGAAAAUAUUUUCGUUCUUCUUGUUUCGAUUGUUAAUCGAAUUCCUGUGGUAUUAUGUGGAAAACCAGGUUGUAGUAAAACAUCGGCCGUACAAAUCGUUAUUAGUAAUCUUAACGGGAAAAAAUCAAAGAGUUCUUACUUUCAAACACUGCCAGAACUGAUUACAGUUUCUUAUCAAGGUUCACAAAAUUGUACAUCUAGUAGUAUUGAAAAAGUAUUUGAACGAGCUGGAAAAUACCGUAAAGCUCAAUCAGAAACUCAACUUUUACCAGUAAUAGUAUUCGAUGAGAUUGGCCUAGCUGAAUUGUCACCACACAAUCCAUUGAAAGUGCUGCAUGCUGAACUCGAAGUUGAAUCGUGCCAAUAUGGUUUUGUUGGCAUAUCGAAUUGGCGUUUGGAUGCUUCAAAAAUGAAUCGGGUACUUUACAUAAGUUGUCCCGACCCAGAUAUUGAUGAUCUGAAAAUAACUGCCAAGUCAAUUGCAGAUGGCAUGCGAUGUGAACAAUUAGCAGCACCUAACUUAGACUCAAUUCUCGACGGUCUAGCGAAAGCCUAUCAUGAACUAUUCGUCCGUCUUAAACAUCAACAACAAAAUGAGUAUUACUUUGGACUACGCGACUUUUAUUCUUUAGUUAAAGGUGUUCUUAGUGAAGCAAAUGAUUGCAUGAAUGGUACUCGUGAAGAUCUUUUCGCUAUCGUGCAUCGACAGAUGAAAAUCAACUUUGAUGGCAUUAUUGAUGGGUCAAACUUCAUGUGGAAAGUCUUUUGUGACAGUCUCAAUCAUGCAGAACUUAUGAAACAAUAUCCGCUGCCAACUUUUAGAGAUCUGCUCCAUCGUCGUAUUAAAACGCAUUCGGGUCGUUUUCUUAUGUUAAUUGGUAAAAGUGAAAGCUCAUAUGAUUAUGUUGAGCGAUAUCUUCGUUCGAUAACAAGAUGGUUACCGGCUCACGAACAACCUCUACGAACAUUAAUCGGUAGUCAAAUGCCAGGGGAUCUGAUCUUCAAUAAAACUUAUACCGAAACCUAUAGUUACCGAGUACUUAUGGAUAUUAUUCUUCAUGUAGAGACAAAUGUAACAUUGCUUAUGCGACAGUUGGGUCAUCUGCAUGAUAAUCUAUACGAUUUAUUUAACCAAAAUUUUGCAGUUUCUGCAAAAAAACAAUAUUGUCGAAUUGCACUUGGUGCUCUCUAUCAUCCAAGAUGUCUUGUGAAUGAUAACUUUUUCUGUAUUGUAUUUAUUAAUGAAGACGAAGUUGAAAAAUGUGAUCCACCAUUUUUAAAUCGAUUCGAAAAACAUAUGAUCGACAUCCAAGAUCUCGUGCGACCUAUUCAUUGGCAAAUGACUGAAACUCUCCUCGAUUGGCUCACUAGCAUUUUGCCAUCUGGAGAUAACAUACGUUUUCCAUGUCUUCAACAUCUGUUUAUCGGCUACAAUCAUGAUUAUAUAUGUAACUUAGUUAUUGAAACAAGCGAAGAGCAAAGUCGAGACGAAAAUAUAAAUAAAAAAAAAGUGAUCAAAUCGUGCAAAAAAAAGAUACUGCGGUGUUCUUCGUUUGAUCUACCACUUGUACUCACCGUGCAAAAGGCCGAGGACAAGAAAAUGCAAAUACUUAUUCGACAAUAUUAUGAAUUUCAUGAACGAAAUUCAUUCGCCGCCAUGCUUUCCAAUGAUGCUCAAAAACAGAUCAUUUAUACUUAUACUCAAAAUUAUGACAAGAUCGUCUACAAUACAAAAUUUGUUGAAGAAAUCAAAUUGAACAAUCUGCAAACCGAACUCGAACUAUUGAAUAAAAUAAAGGCGCAUUUUUUAAAAAGAGAUGGUCCCAGCAUUUUAAUUAUACGCGUUGAUUAUCUCACAGAACAUGGGCAAUUGCUUUCUCUUAAACAUAUUUUGCUCAAUGCUAUCGAUGAUGAAUCUAAAGAGCGGUCUGAUAAGCGCAUUUGGCUUGUUAUUCAUUUGCAGCGCAAUAUGCUUGGGGAAGCAAAGAACAACGUACUAUUUCAUGGUUGGCAAGUCGACAUGAUCGGUGAUCUCAACAAUUGCAAUCCGAUAUCAAUCGAAACUCUCAUGAAUCCGUCUUAUUACAAUUUAAUUAAUCAAGAACCGUUUCAAUUGUCUGAAGAUCUAUUUCGCGAGCUCGCCAAUCGAACUUUAUCGAAGUUUCGAUAUCAAGUAGCUAACAAUCAGCUUGAAUCAAAAAUUAAUCACCGACGAAAUAUGAUUACUGAUUGUCUCGUAGAAGAUAAUCGGUCUGAACUUCCACGGUUGAUUCGAGACAAAUUAUUUAUGCUGAUAGAAAAUAUUCAUCAUGAUCGAGCCGACAAACGCUUUUCAGAUUGGCGAAAAGAUCUCCUAACUAAUGGGCUCGUUAUUGCAACGUGUCGCACAUUAACCGAAGCUUUCAAUGCUACAAUAGUUCAAUUUUAUGAAACCUAUUUCUUACUUUUAUUUGCACAUUUAGAACGGUAUAAUUUCUUUGAUUCUUAUCAAUUCAUCCAAAAACAAGACGAGAACGAGCGAACAUUGCUCACGCAAAUAUGGGAUGCUUGUUUAACGUCGAGUCUAAACAGCAUCGACAAUAAUGUAAUUAAUUUAGACAGUGUUGAAAUACCGUUAGUUUUCGAUUUACGACUUCCGUGUGCCAUGAUCGAAUACAAGGUCAUACAAGGAAUAUGCAAAAUAUUAUCGAAACAGCAAUCAGAAAACGAUGUAACUGCAGGAGAUUCUAAACAACUAAUAUGGCACAAAUUGAAUGAGAAAACAAUCUAUGGGAAACAGUUGAUCGGUAAAAUUUUCAAGAAAGAAGAACUGUUUAGGCAUUACUAUCAUGACUUAUUAUGUUCGUUUCUCAACGAGAAUAAUAUUCAACUAUCGACUGACUUUGUCUUUCAUAUGAUUUGUGUCAAUCCAACUUUUUCGAAUAGAACACGUUUUCAAUCAUUAUUAGCGAAUUGGGAAGAGACGAUUCAAAUAUUUCGAAUUUUCGAACUUGGCGCUUCUUUAAUUGGCGAAGAUUCUUUGUUAAACACUUGCUUAAGACAGUUUAUUAAAAGCGAUGAUCCAUCUCAUGUUGACACAAACAAAAAGAAUGGUCUAUAUAAAUUAAUACUUUCUACAGAAGGUUUUUCUCUAGUCGAUCCUGGCCACGAUGAACGGCAAUAUAAAGAGAACUCAAAUGAUAAUCGUGAUCUAUUUAUUGAAAUCAGUCUUAUGAAUCUUCUCAAGAAACUUCAGAAACCAAAAUAUGUACGAAAAACUGAAUCGCCUCAACAAUUGAUAACUACCUAUGAUCUUAUAUAUCAUGGUAUUUUUACAUUGACAAACUACACGGUUGAUAAUCUCGACAGAUUUAGCUCACAUAUAUGUCUAAUUCGAUCGAUUACUGCUCUCUUCGACAAUCAAUCGGCUGCUAGAAUUAUCAAACAUAUCUAUGCCGAUGAUAGUGGCGUUAAUUUUGAUACGUGUGAUUUAAUUCAUGAAUUCAUUGAACAGCUAGGAAAUUUUAUUCAAACAGAAACAGCUUCUUUACAAGCAGAUCAAGCUACUGUUCAGCGUACACUUCUCAAACUUGAAAUUGAUCUAUUAAAAAAUUGGCUGAUCGAUCACAGCGAUCAAUAUUGCGAUGUUCUCGCCGUGAUUAAUCGCAAUGAUACUGAUCUAUGGCGAUAUUCCACAAAGAUCUUCUUAUAUAUUAAUCUACAUCUGGAUUUAAUGGAAAAAAUAGAGCAUUAUAGCGGUCGAAUACCAUUAGAAAAUGAUAAUUUAAAAAAGCUCGAGAAACUUCUAAAACAAUUAGCCAAUCAGCAAUCAUCUAAAAUUCAACUGCUUUUAGUCAAUCAUCUUCAUACAAAGCUAAUUCUCUCGAUGGACGAAAAUAACUUUGAAAAUAUUCUCGCAAAAGAUUAUGCAUCCUUCGAAAGAAAUAUGAACGAGGUGAAUGAUAAUCUUAGCAACAAACGUCAUCAUGUUCGAUUGAUAGGUCUGAUUACAUGGCUUAAAUACUAUACACAAAUAUAUGCAUUUGUUCUUCAUAACGACUCACAUCAAGAUGUCAUGUCGCACAUCGAUCGAUUUUUAGCUCGAGAUGAGAGCGCAUUUGGUGCUACAAUAAAAUUAUUCAUUCUCAAACAACUCGUACAUAUGUCAAAGAGUGUAACAUUAACAGAUGUACGCGAAUUGUUUGCUCAUCGUAACGUUGUCUGGCUACGACCAUUAAUAACACGUGUUGAACCGUUGGCCAUAAAUCGGGAUCUUGUUCUACCUUUGCCUUUAUUUGAAGGACACGAUGAAUAUGUAAUUGUUAAUGAAACGCUAAAUAAUUUUGGUAAUAUCGAAGAAGUUCGUAAUCUGAUUAAAAAAUGUCGCAAUAACCAACAAUUGACCUAUGGAUUUUACUCGUGGUUUAUUCAAUACUAUUGUCGUUAUCUUACACCAAAUAUACAGAUAGAUGAACGGUUUGUACACGUUUUUGGUGUUGAUCUGAAACAAUUGUUGAUAGAAUCUUUUGAUCAGAUUGGAUUCAAUCUACUUGUUGCUCUGUGCAGCAAUUUUUCCGACCGUUCCUAUUUCUAUAUACGUCCGAAUAUGCCGAAAAAAGAAUUCUAUUGUCGUUUAAUUGCUCUCAAUAUUGUUGCUUUAUGCCUAUCAACGAAAACAACAAAUCUCGGUUCAUUGUUAUUCGGUCAAAACCAGCGUAUGCCUCAAAAUUACGUCAAUCACAUUCAAUCGAUAUGUUUGAUGGGAAUGAUGAGUAGCGAUUCAGUAAUAACACAAAUGAUCGAUGUGAGGACACAAAUACAAGAUCGUCUUAACAAGCGUAUGAUUAAUGCUAGUGCCAUGUUCGUUUUUCAAUGUUCUCGUGACUGUCGCUGGAUGUUUUAUUUCGAGGAUUGUGGUAUUCCAAAUGAUCGCCGGCAAUGUCCACUCUGUAAAAAAGAGAUCGGUGCGUCUGGAUACAACAAGUUGAUUCAGCGCGAUCCGCCACAAAUUCAGAUGAAUCUGCAAGAUGGCUUCAGAGAAAUAGAAGAAUACAUAAGAAAUUUUAAUAGUGUAGUAAGAUUAGGCUAUCACAAUGUUACAUCUGCUACGGAAUUGACGCCAGACGAAAAACCUGAUCAUCUAAAUCGAAUUGUCUCUUUUCGGUUUCUUCACAUGUGGACUCAUGCACAAUUACUUGUUCUACAUGAAUUGAAGCAUUUAACUGACGAGGAUCUCCUUCAAAGAUUGAAAGUACCUAAUAUUUUGCAUUUUCGUCAACAUUUUGAUAGCGAUUGCGCAUUCAUGGAAGGAGUAUCGACUGAACCCGAACAGUAUCACAUAUGGAUAUUUAAACUCAUCAAUCACAUGCUUGCCAACACGAUUGAUACCGUUGGCAUUUUGAAUACGAAUGAAAAUGUAGUCAAAAUCGAGCAGUCAAUUGAACAACACAUCAUCUUUCCACAUGUAGAAUCUAUUAUUAAUGAAAUAGGAAACUAUCGCAUGGCAUAUGUUAAUUUUGUUCAAAAAUUUGAUGCAGAAAUUUCCCUAAGUAACUAUAUCGAUGAAUUACGACAAAACGAUGAACGCUACCCGUUGCUUCCAUAUUUCAACGUAAGCCGAAUUUUAACGACAAAUCCACUCGAAGAAUUUCGUGUGAAAAUGCAAAACUUACCUUUUGCUGAUGUCAUCUAUCCGUUGACGACGUUCCUAUUAAAGCGUCUCGACGACUACGCCAAUAUUCGAUAUUUGUAUUCAAUUAUGGAAUUUUCAAAAUAUCUUAUCAACAAAUACAAUCAUCGAAUUCAAAGAAACGACACAGCCAUUUUGACGAUUGAAGGCGCACUUCAAAAAGAAGGCGUUGAUAGUCAAACUAUGCGUGUUCUUUGUAAUCAAUUUAUUGACGCUUGGUACAAGAUCAAUCUAAGUAGUGUGCGCCUCGGAUGUCAAGCACCGAAGUUCGUUCGACCAUAUCAUCGAGAGGAAUUCAUCAAUAAAACAAGUUUAGCUUGUGUUUUACUAAACAAAUCGAAAGAUGAUAGUAGCUUUCUAUUAAUUGCAUGCAUACAUACAUUAGCUGAGCUACAAAACGAAAUCGUGGCGUACUUUCGAAAGGUAGUUGUCAAUGAAACAACAUCAAAUACACGUGUAUUUCUAAAUGCAAUUAGACCCGAACACCUACUUCAACUCGGCGAACUUGAGCUUACCAAAAAAUUACUGAAAGAUAGUUUUGUUAUCAAUUACGAAUACGGCCAAGGCCGCGAUCUAAUCUAUGAUUAUGAAGAAAUUGAAAGUGAAAUGCGUAAUCUUGUUAGCAGUCUUUGUUUAUUUAAUACAGAGAACAUACCCAUGCUAAAUUACCAAUUUGAAUUGUACAACGAGAAUAGCUCUCUUAUUACCAAUAUUCGCCGGCGAAUCCCGCAAACAUUAUUGUCUACAGUUGAUCGAGCGAAAUUCAAAAGUUUACUUGUCCGAAUGGAUCAUUAUGAUAUUGUUCAUUGUCUAGGCUUUUUAGAUAAUGUUUUUACAUAUCUAUGCAAUAUUGACGAUGAUCUAUCAGAAAUGAAUAUACAAAACUUUGUUGCAGAACAUAUGAACACAAGUGCAUGUCUCAACGAGGAGAUUUUUCGGCGUCCACCAUUUUCUACGGUUCUUCUCAUUUACAUAAUUGAUUUGUAUGAAUUAAUUGAAGAGGUUGCAUUUGAUGUUGUACUUCGUAAACAUGUUAAAACAGAACUACGCGAAGCAUUACUCGAUGAUAAAGGUAAAGCAAAAUUUGCUGCUCAAACUUUUAGUAAAGAUAGUAUCUCGCCAGCGUUGAAAUCGCCCAUCGUAUGGAUCGGGCUACUUAAAAGACUGCUGAUUCGAGUACUUAAUGCUUAUAUCGAUCUAAAAAUGCCUUUACAAUUAUAUAUUGAACGUAUCGAUCUCUGGUCUGGAGACAUUUCUGAAAUUGAUUUGCAAACUUUUGAAGUCGAUGGUGACAUUCUACUUGAACAUACAUACUGUAUUCUUAAUCAUGUAGAAAAAUAUCAACCGGCAACACUAAUCAAUGAUUCAAUUACAACUGAUAAUCAAGCAAUGCUCGAUUGGCCUAUUACCACCAAUAAUAAUAAUAAUAAAGAAGUGCUCAAUGCAAGAACUUGGUAUGCUGAUAUGAACCAGCCUGCGAAGAAAAUAAUACUUGACAAGUCGACUGGUCGUUCGCAAAAAAAGCUGCGCGUUUAA